AUGAUCUACCACCCACGCAGCGAGGAGGAGUGGGCGCUAGCCAAGCAUGGCGCAACAGGCGGGCACACCGAUUUAGGGACGGUAACACUGCUCUUCCGCCAGCCGGUCGCGGGGCUGCAAAUCCUCGGCGAAGACGGAAACUGGACAUGGGUGUCUGCGCAACCGGGUACCAUAACCGUCAACCUCGCAGACACAAUCUCGCACCUCACCGGCGGCUGGCUCAAGUCGUCGGUCCACCGCGUUGUGGCGCCGCCAGAGGACCAGAGACAGUACAGCCGCACGGGACUGCUGUAUUUUGCGCGUCCACACAAUGAUACGAAGCUUUUGCCUAUAACGGAUAGUCCGGUGCUGGAGAAGGCUGGCGUGAGGCCGCGGUUUGACAAGAUUGUGACGACGGAGGAGUGGGUCAAGGCGAAGCAGACGCUGCAGUUGAACCCGGAGAUUGCGGCGAAGCGAUGGGCAGAGCGUGGGGACGGGACAGUAGAGGUGCUCGCAGGUUUCCAUGACAAGAGGUAUAAGGAGUAG